CUCCUCCGGCCUUCGCAUGGCCCCCAAGAAAGAGAAAGGAGGUUCGGCCACCAUCAACUCGAAGGCGUGGGAGCCGUCGCUCAUCGCCGCGCACUUCAAUCAGAACGACUGGAAGGGCUCCAUCGCUUUUGUUGUUGGAAACCAGAUUGAGGACGAUCUUCUGAUCCGAGCGCUCACCCUCGCCGUCCAGGUCCCUCAGCGCAGGCUCUUCAGCAUAGUGUCAUGGCACGACAUUCUCCAGCAGGUCAAUGAAGCAAAUGCAUUAUUUGGAAACGCACCUAAAAAGGCAAAGCAACACGUGAGCAUGAGCAGCGGCGUUCCCUUAUACUAUGAGGUGUUAACAGCAGCAAAAGCAAUCAUGGACAGUGGAGAGAAAUUAACCUUACCACUGAUAGGGAAACUCUUGAAAUUUCAACUUCUCCAGAUUAAAUUUAAGGACCAACAGCGACGGGAAAACGAAAAGAAGGUGGCAGAGGAGAGGUUUAAGGCCGAGAAGGAUGAAGGGAAGGCCAGGUCCCCCAAGGAGAAGAAGGCGGACGCCAAGGCGGCCAAAGGGAAGGGGAAGGAUCAGCCCGAGGCGAGCGUGGCCGCGAAGAAGAUAACGCAGCUGAAGCGGCGGGGAGAGGACGCGGACGCCAAGGUUUACAUGGAUGACGAGCCAGAUGAUGGUGCCCAGCAUUACAUUAUAGUUGUGGGCUUCAGUCACCCUCAGCUAUUAGCCAUCAUGACGGAGCUCGGCGUUCCCAUCAGCAGCGUGAUUAAAAUAUCUGCGGAGAACUACGAGCCUCUGCAGACACACCUGGCAGCAGCCAGCCAGCAGCAGGAAGGCUUCCUCCAGCCAGAAGAUAUAGAAGCUGAAAAAUUGAAGAAAGAGAAUGCCAUCAAAGAGCUUGCUAUUUUCUGGAAGUACUUGGAACCAAUCCUGAAUAAUGAGAAACCUGAAACGAAUCUCUUUGAUGUUGCUCAGUUUAAAUACACGGUCAAGGCAGAUGACUUUCCUGCCGACUGGUCGGACAGCGAGAAGAUGCUGGAAUUGGGCACCAUUAUUUUUGAAAGCAUCGCCUGUUUGAUGUACGACACCCUGGACUGGAAACGGCAGCACCAGCACUAUUUGGCAAGCAUGCAGCUGAUUAAUGUCCCGCAGGUGGUUAGUGAGAAACCGGUCUUAGAAGCCACGCUGAUUCCUGAGGCUCCGCAACCUGUUGCUCCGACCCCUGGGAAGAAGAAAGCACAAAACGAGGAACCGCAAGCACCCCCAGCAGUGGCUUCCGUCAUCACGCCGGAAGUAGACAUGAGAUAUUACAAUGAUCUGCUGAAUCCCAUUCCUGAAGAAUUCAUUUCUGUGGCCCUGAUACUGCACUGUAUGCUGGAACAGGUGGAGGCAACAGAGAAAGACCUCGUGCCACCCAGCCUGGUGGAGCUGCGGCCCAGAGCGGACGGGCUGGACCGCAGAAUCGCGGCGCACAUCCUGUCCAUCCUGCCCUCCCUCUGCCUCACCGAGCGGGAGAGAAAGAACCUCCAUAAAAUAUUUUUACCUGAAGAAGACAGUGAAAGCAAAGCUGUGCCCAAAGGCCCUCUGCUGCUGAACUACCACGACGCAUUAGCCCACAAGGAGUACGCACUGAAGGACCAAAAGGAUAUCGACCCGGUUCGAAUAGAGCGGGAGAUGCAGUCCAAGUUGCCACUGUGGGAAUUCCUCGAAUUCCCUCUGCCCCCACCAUGGAACAGCACAAGACGUCUAGCUGCAAUUCACGAGCUCAUGCACUUUUGUACAAAUGAACCUUUGAGCUGGAAUGAAGUAGAAAGAGCCUUCAAAGUGUUUACUUUUGAGAGCCUAAAACUCUCUGAGGUUGAUGAAGAAGGGAAAUUAAUGCAUUCUGGGAAAAUGUAUGGGACAGAUUCUGAGGUGUUCAACAUACCAUGGGACAACCCUGCCAGAUUUGCUAAACAAAUAAGGCAACAGCACAUCGCAAAAAUGAGCACCCAAGAGGCCAAACACGAAGCAGAUGCUGAAACCAAAGACAGAGUUUUAUUUAUUAAUCAGAAUUGGCCAACAUCUGUGCAAGAUAGUGAGACCAAUAAAGAACCUUCAGAUCCUAGUCAACCUGAUGCUGACAAUAUGAAGCAUUCUGAUCCAAAUAAUGAGAAACUCUUAGGCCCUGAGAGCAGAGAGCUGUCAGAGCAGGAGACCAGCUUGGAGACUCAGCAACAAUCUGAAUCUUUGGAGCAGACCACGAACAGUGAGAUCAAAGAUGAAGCAGUCACAAAGCCCGACUCUCUUGAAAAGAAACCCAAGAAGAUGACUGUGGAAGCCGAGUUAGAGGACAUACAGAAAACACAGCAGCGCAGCCUAACGGACUGGAGUUUUACUGAGCAUUUUAAACCAAAAGUUGUGCUGCAGGUUCUUCAAGAAGCCAGUCAGCAAUACAAGUGCAUAGAUUCUUAUUACCACACCCAAGACAACUCCUUACUUUUAGUCUUUCAUAACCCAAUGAGCAGGCAACGUCUGCACUGUGAACGCUGGAAUGUUGCUCUUCACUCCAACGUUGGAUUCAGGAAUUUUUUGGAACUGGUUGCAAAAUCCAUCCAAGAUUGGAUCAUAAAAGAAGAAGCUAUAUAUCAGGAAUCUAAAAUGGCUGAGGAGCUCUCUAAGAGCAAAGCCGAGAUGGAACUGAGAUCUUCCUUUGGUGGCAAAGUUGUUCCUCCUAACAAAAUGUUUGCUCUUAAAAAAUCCAAUAGUAACAGGGGAAUGAGCAAAACAGAGCUAACUGAUCAAGAAAAAGACAAAGAAAAGGAACAGGAGAAAGAGAAAGACAAAGAGAAGGACAAGAUGCCUUUCGUCUUAGAAGGUUCUCUGAAGGCCUGGAAAGAAGAGCAAGAUCGGUUAGCAGAAGAGGAGCGCUUGAAGGAAGAGAAGAAAGCAGAAAAGAAGAGCAAGGACGGCGGCAGGAAGAAAGGCAAAGAGAAGGCAGAGAAAGAAGAGAGCAGGGUCUUAAAGAAGAAAUCCGUUUUCAAGGAGAAAUCCAAAGAGCAGAUAAAGCUCCUUGAUAUUCCAGAGACGGCAACCCUUCCAGAGCCAGAGCCUGAGCCUGAGAUCAUUUACCCGUUCCGUGGAUACAAUAUGGGAGAUAUACCCAUCCAGGUCUCGGGAACAGAUUAUUACCUGUAUCCUUCAGAUGGAGGACAGAUUGAAGUAGAAAAGACAACAUUUGAAAAAGGCUCCACUUUCAUCAAAGUGAAGGUGAGAAAGGACAAGCACAACUUCAUAAUUCACUUAAGAGACCCGAAGAAAACUGCAAACAAGGAGAAAGCAGCGGCCUCCUCCUCCUCUUCAGAAGACGAGGGAGGGGACAGCGCGCGCUGGCCCUCGGCCGAGCCAGAAGACUCAAAUGCACAGAGUAAAGCUGUCAGCAAGUUUGGGUCUUUUUCUGCCACUUUGGAAAAUGGAAUCUGCCUCUCAAUAAGUUACUACGGAUCUAGUGGGAACGUGCCAGAGGAGAAGGACCCUAAGUUGGAAGCGAUGUUGAAUAUCCCCUCAGCGCUGCUUCCAACAGUAAUUCCUGUUAUAGUGCCUGUUCCUCAGGCCAAAGGAAAGGGGAAAGCCAAAGGCAAAGAGAAACCCAAAGAGUCUCUUAAGGAAGAGGAGCACCCGAAAGAAGAGGAAAAAAAGGAGGAAGAAGUAGAACCAGAACCUGUUUUACAAGAGACUGUUUUUGUUCCCACCUUCCCAAGCCUAAAUGUAUCUUGCCCCAAUGGGCUCCUAGUGACCUUCAUUGGGCAAGAGCCAACAGGUGAGUAUAAACGUGUUGCGGAUGAGGAACCCACUUGGGACAUCAUGGUCCGACAGAGCUACCCCCAGAGGGUGAAGCACUAUGAGUUCUACAAAAUGGCGAUGUCUGCAGUGGAGCAGGAGGCAUCGAGAGUCGUCACCAGUCAAGGCACUGUGGUCAAGUACAUGCUGGAUGGAUCCACACAGGUUCUCUUUGCAGAUGGCACUGUGGUCAGUAGUCCCGACUCAGGGCCUGUUUGUCCCCCUGCCGAAACGUCACCAAGUCCUCACAGUGGAGACUUGAUGGACUUGGUUUCUCAGCAGAAAUCGGAAUCAGCACCAUCGGAGUUUGUCAUAGCAAAGAAAGGAAAAAGUCACAAAACUCUGUCAACAUUGUUACACAAGAGUGAAACCCAUGACCCUCCCACAGAAACGGCUCACACAGUGACUCCUCUGGAGGUUCACGUGGGCACCUGGUUUACAACCACACCCGAAGGACAUCGGAUUGGCACCAAAGGGUCAGAAAGAAUAGCUGUGGCUCCACUUUUAUCCUUUCGGGCCACAGAUCCUGUCACUGGAACGGUCAUGGUGACUCGAGAAGACAAAGUGGUCAUUGUGGAAAAGAAGGACGGGACCCGCAUAGUGGAUCACGCUGACGGAACCAGAAUCACAACCUUCCAUCAAGCCUACGAGGAUCAUAUUAUUCCUCCAGACGGUCAGGAACUAACCAAAGGUCCUCAGACUGUCACCAGGCAGGUGAAGUGCAUGCGGAUAGAAAGCGCACACUAUGCCACUGUCAUCACCAACUGCGAGGACAGUCGCUGCUGUGCCACCUUUGGGGAUGGGACGUCUGUCAUUGCAAAGCCACAGGGAACGUACCAGGUGUUACCUCCAAACACAGGCUGUCUUCAUAUUGAUAGGGAUUGUUCGGCUAUAUAUUGCCACGAAUCAAGCAGUGAUAUAUACCAUCCUUUCCAAAACCGUGAGCAGCUGAGAGCUAGCAUGUACAUCAUGAAGCACACCUCAGAGGUCAUCUGUGAGGUCCUGGAUCCGGAGGGAAACAUCUUUCAGGUCAUGGCUGAUGGUAGCAUAUCAACUAUGCUACCUGAAAGCAAUCUGGAAGAUGAUUUCUGUGCAAGUCCCGAAGGUUAUGAUAGCUUGUCAUCCGCUCACCUCCAUAAGAAUCACCUGCAAAUCUACGGCGAGCAUGUCCCCAGGUUUUUUGUGAUCUAUGCCGAUGGAUCAGGAGUGGAGCUUCUUCGAGACAGCGACAUAGAAGAAUACCUGUCCCUGGCGUACGGAGAGCCGAGUGCUGUCGUGCUGCAAGAGCCGGUGCAGGAGCAGCCAGGCGCCCUCAGCAUCACUGUCCUUCGCCCUUUCUGUGAAGCGUCACCAUGGUUAAUGAAGAAAGAACUGGACACAAUCAUUCCUCCUAAUCUUCAGUCCAGGACGUGGGAGACGUUUCCCCCAGUUGAGAAGAAAACUCCAGGACCUCCGUUCGGCACCCAUCUUUGGAAGGGCCUCAACAUUGAGACCAAACAGCUAGUGAGUGCCCCAACCCCUAUAGUCAGGAACCCCAAUGUGCUGCAGAUACGCCAGUUCAUCCAGCAUGAGGUCAUUAAGGCUGAGGUGAAGCUGAAGCUACAGAUUUCCCUUAAGGAUUAUAUAAACCAUAUCCUAAAGAAAGAAGAUGAGCUGCAGGACAUGACAGUUAAAGAUUCCAGAACUGAGGAGGAGAGAGGCAAUGCUGCAGAUCUCCUCAAGCUAGUCAUGUCUUUCCCUAAGAUGGAAGAAACUAUAAAAAGUCAUGAUACUGAAAUUGCAGCCCACCUGAUCGAUUUGUACAAGCAGUCUUUCACCGCUGCUCCGGAAUGCCUGCCGGACCCCCUGGAUACAGUCGUAUCUGAGAAGUGGAGGCACUCGGUGACAGUAAAGCGCUGGAAAGAAAAGAUAGCCCAGAGGAGGAAGGAAAUUGAAAAGACAAACAAUUAUUUAAUGAAAAUUAGGAACAAAGUAAUAUCACCUUACUUCAAAUCUGAAUUGAGCAUGACACACCUGUCUCAGGUAACUGAAUGUUUUCUAGAUCCCCAGCCAAAAGAAGUUUUAAAACAGGAAUCCUCCGAUAUGUCUCAUCUUCUAAAAUUAGACGGUUUUGUGGAUAUCAGGGAGUCCACUAACCUGAAGCAAACUGAAAAUUUAACAAAGUCUCCCACAGAACCAGACUGGUGUGUGCCCGUGAAAAUCCCGACCCAGUCGCUGCUGCAGGAUGUUGCAGGACAAGCAAGGAAGGAGAGAGUGAAGUUACCUCACUAUUUGCUGAGUUCCAAGCCCAAGUCUCUACCGCUCACAAAGGCACAAGAUUUUACUGGAGGAAGAGUGAAAACAUCCUCGGUUGCAUCGGCUGCCAUUAAUAACCCACAUUCAUCCCCUUUUGGAUUCCACCUCCUCCCUCCAUCGGUGAAUUUUGGGGUGCUCAAGGAGGGGCACAUCUAUGAAACCACCGUCAAGCUCAAGAACAUUGGAGUGGACUUCUGCAGGUUCAGGGUAAAGCAGCCGCCACCCAGCACAGGACUGAAAGUGACCUACAGGCCUGGGCCCGUGGCAGCUGGUUUGCAGGUAGAACUGAAAGUGGAGCUCUUUGCCAUGGUUGUGGGCGAGGACAGCGCCAAGGGAUCAACACAUGUCUCUCAAAAUAUUGAGAUCAUGACUGAGCAUGACGUCCUGUUCUUACCUGUGGAAGCAACAGUUUUAACUAGCAGCAAUUAUGAUAAGAGACCAAAAGAUUUUCCCCAGGGAAAAGAAGAUCCCGUGGUCCAGAGAACAUCUAUGGUUCCUUCCUCUGAUCUUGGCAUCUUCGUGUCCCGUAAAGUCGCUCCAGAGUAGGCCCAGGUCCCCCUCUCCUACGAGAUGCAGUGUCCUAAGGUGGGAUGACAUGCGCAGACCCAGCGCUAGUCAGCCUGGGCUCACGGUGCAGCUCUGCCAUUACCAACCACGAAACCUUCUGGCUCUGGGGCCAGUCUCCUGUCUCUACAAUGAAGAGACCCUGCCUCGCAUGACUAUUGUGACCAAUGAGACAUGCAAGUAAAUCCUAAGGAACUGGAGGUUGCUGAGAGCACACGCUGUCCCACUGCUCUCCCUCUCUCCCCUUUAUCUGACUGACUUAUGCCAAUUUUUCCUCCCAUACCUUCAAUUUCAAAGUUCAUUUAGGAACAGAAUCCUCAAAGGGCUUUAGACACGGACACGAGUAAGCGCCAGGAAACAGAAGAAGGCCGGGCCAGCCCCGUCUAAAAGGUUGACCUGGAAGUCACACUGAAAUGGUGCUUCUGAAAUUCAGAACAUUCUAGAGGACACCACCCUUCCUCCUCUCUGCCCCUGAGAGUGACCUCUGGCUGACCAAGGGGAAGCUGUUAGACAUUC